UUUGUUUCUUUAACAUCUGCCUGCGUCCUGCUCAGUGCCACACUGUCACACUUAAGCCACCUGCUCUUUUAUGCACUGAGGACUCAUUCCAGCCCAGCCAACUCUGAUAUUUUAUUUCCCGUCGGUAAACACCUGUUAGUUCUGAAGAUUCUCCAUAUUAAAACCAAUACCAGAGAAGCCUACCAUGCUGACCUUUGCCAAAAUUGCCUUGCUUUCAAGUCUGUUCAUUUCAUUACCAUUUGGGAGGACCGAGAAACAAACUCCAAGAAGAAAUAUGACACAGCAUACUAUAGAAGAUUUAAAAACAAUGGGAAACAAAUCCAUCCAUUUUGAAACAAGCAGAAAUAUAACUUCAGAGAAUGAAAGCAAUACCUCCAAUCCUGUGAUGACAGACACUUCUCUUAUGGAGCUAUCCACAGCCUAUGAAACAAUAAAUUCCACCAGUAUCUGGCCAACAUCUAGCUCUACUGAGGGGCCAAGAUCCACCUCCACAUAUUCUAUCCCUCCCUUGGUUCAUGGUUUUGUGUCCAAGUUGCCUUUGAACUCAUCAACAGCAGAUGGAAAUCCUUUACAGGCCUCAGCACAAUCCAACUCUAUACAUUCAACAUUAUCAAAAAACUUCACUUGGUCUUUGGACAACGACACCAUGAGCACUCCUGACAAUAUUUCCAGUACAGUCAGCAUCUUUCCUCCACCUCUGAUGACCACAACUGUGACCCCUUUGACAGUAGAACCCACUGGAUGGCUUGCCACAGAAAAUGACAACUUUGCUGGUUUCACCCCAUAUGAAGAACAAACAACUUUACAGCCUACCUUAAAAUUCACAAACAAUUCAAAACUUUCCCCCAACACAUCAGACCCCUCAAAAGAGAAUAAUAAUACAAGAAUAGUGUUUGGAGCCAUUUUAGGAGCUAUUUUGGGUGCUUCACUGCUUAGCCUUGUUGGCUACUUAUUGUGUGGACAACGGAAAACAGACUCGUUUUCCCAUCGGAGACUUUAUGAUGACAGAAAUGAACCAGUUCUGCGGUUAGACAAUACACCAGAACCUUAUGAUGUCAAUUUUGGAAAUUCUAGUCACUACAACUCCGCUGUGAGUGACCCAUCUAUGACAGAAGGUGGAGAAGGUGGGCAUGAUGGCAUUCCUAUGGACGAUAUACCUCCGCUUCGCACUUCCAUAUAAAACUAGGAGAGUAACGGCUGCAGAGGGCAAGGGUUCGUCUCCAUUUCGGCCUUUCGAGAAAUUCAUAUUUCAAGAGACUUUGCAAGACCACUGCUGUGCUGUUUGCACUGGGAGGGCUGCAAAAGCUGGAGGCAUGCAGCAGAGACAGAGUGGACCCAUCACCUACAAGCUUUCUUUUCUUACAAUCCUCAGCUGGGCUGAGGCAUGUGUUAUAGAACCAUAAUUUGUAUUUUGGUUUAUUUUUUUAAGGAAACCUUUGGGGAAUGAGGUAAAAUUAAUACACAUCACCAUGGCAACACUGAUUGAAAACUUAACAAUAAUUGUUCUUAACAUGAAAAUUGGGGAUCAAAACUUCAUUUUCUUUAAAUAUUUCGUUUUUAAACGAGAAACCAGAGUUAACUCUUCAUUCCUCUUGUCUAUAAUUAAUUUAGGACCACAAAACAAACCAAGCAUUUUUGGUGGACGUAAUUCGGAUGAUAAUUUUUUCAUUUGUUUCAAAGCCAGAAAUAUGAUAGGGUAGAGUUCCUGGUCCUAAGAAAUUAAGGCAAUAAGAAUGUAAGUCUUGUCUCCUAACGCAUUUCACUUUUCUACAACAGCACACAUGGUCAGUCCCUUCGGCUGGCAAGUUGACAAUGAGUGCAUUCAGCAGGGCCACAGGAGAAAACUGACUCUAGCCAGGAAAGUGAUAGCUUCCCUGAAAGUCCUUAAAGUUUUAAGCAAUUCCAGCUUGCAUGAGUACACAUCAGGUUUCAGUUAAUUAGGCACCUUGUAUUCUCAAUGAGAAACACGAGGAAAAGGCUAAAGAAUAAAGUUGCGCAUACUUAGUAUGAUUUUAACUUGCUGGCUAGAAAAAAAAAAUUAGUACAUUACACAUUUUUGUUCAGUCAUAUGUGAAACAGUCCAGCCUUCUAAAGGCAUAAAGCACAGGGCAAAACCACAAGCAGUAUCAUGAAGCAAACUCCUCACCACUUGUACAAGUAAUAACACAAGAGACUUAAUUUUUUAUUUUAGUGUACUUUAGUUUGUUUUUGAUCAAUACCUGUCUUUGGCAGUCUACGGCUCACAGAUUAGAGGAUUAAGUAAGAGUCAAAUUCCCAAGGGAUGAGCGAAUGAAGAGGGUAAACAAAGCCAGUGACAUUUUAGAGAUUUUAUUAUUGAAUCAAACAUGGUAUAAGUGGCACUUGCACGUGUAUGUGUGAGUAUGUCUCUGUGUGUGUGUGUGUGCAUGUGACACAGACAUAUUGUUAGAAAGUCAGAGUUGGAAAAUGAAUAACGAAAAAAAAUACUUACCCCAUAUUGCCAUGAAAAUAGCAAAGAAGACUGUCCCUCCAUUAUCAAACAAAUAUGUUACCUUAAUAGAAAAAAUAGAAACAUUAAUCAUACUAAUGAUAGUGCUAAAAUGGAAGUUAUUGUUGGCAUUAGGUACUGUGAUUUCUCCAGACUAUGUCACAAUACUGUAUAGUCUAGUGAUCUAUUGACCUCGGAUCUUCAACUGUAUUCCAAUAGUCCAUAUUUUUUCUCUCUUCCCUCUGAUUUCUUUGUACUCCAAUUUCAUUUUGGAUUUUAAGUGUUUCUAGAUACCCAAGAAAGCCAUUUUACACUUUUGCCGAACUCACUAGUACUGUGAAAUGUAAGAAGUUAGUGCAUAAGUUAAAGUAUAACAAGUUUGUUUCCUCUUAUCAAAAGUUACCAGAACAGGGAAGUUAUAAAACACAGAGCUCUGGUAGUGAGCAAGGUUCUUCAGUUGAAGGCUGUCAUGUCUUUCAUGUCUUUCAAAAUGUGCCAUGGGUCCAGUAAUGAGUUACUUCAUGUAAUGAAUUUCAUCUUAAGUUGUUUUGUGAAGUUCCAUAAAUCAUUAAGCACAUUUUUUAAACAGCUGUUGCCUGAUACAAAGCUCGGUAAAGGAUGGAAAGUUAUUCCAUGUUAUAUAAUGUA